AUGGAUUUUAACUCAUUGUUGCAACAAGCACAACGUUUGACCAAUGAAACACAGAACUCAGAAGAGCUACCGCGUGUUGAACGCACUAUUUCCCAAGUUUUGCAAGCAACUCAGGAAUUACACUCACGUGUCACUCAAACUGGUGCACAGGACAUACAGGCGCACAUAUUACUUGGCUCCAAAGGCAUUGAUUUGCCAAAAAUUUCACAGAAGCUAGAAGCUUUAAAUGCACGAAAAACCUUCGAACCUCUAGAUCCCAUUGCCGACACUGAUGUAAGAAGUUUUUUGAAAAAUGAAAAGGAGAAUGCCAUAUUGUCGAUGAUCGAAGAAGUAAAUAGAAGUACUUUUGAAGCGGCGGAAAAACGCCGUUGGGAGUGUGUGCGUAGUGAAUGGCAGCAGGAGAAAGUGAAGCUACUCAACUCUUUAGUUGGACCUUCACAGAACUGGAUUGACAUACAAAAAUUGCCAGAGCAAACAGUGCUGAAUGAGACCUUUGGCACGCGUUCUUGCCUUAACCGAAUUGAAAUGGCUUAUGCUCGUGAGGUAUAUGAGUACAACACUGCCAUUAUUAAGGGCGCAUUUCGGCCAAAUCUAGUGCAAAAAUUCGCAAAAGUCGCUGAAACUUUUGAGGAUCAAAAAGUUAGUGAGAUUUGGGAAAUAAUGAAGUAUAUGGUCAACAUUGCGCCGGUCUCACGAAAUCGCGAUCCAAUACUAAAUCGCACACAAGUGACGCAGUUUAUCGACCAAGCUAAAAAAUACUUGGAAAAUAGAUACAAAUUAUAUAUGUCAACUAUCAUUAGCAGUAAUUUGCGUGAAGCUCAGCGAGGUGGUGUACCCAGUACUUUUAAUUUAGUCUCGUCUUUUGUGGGUCUAACAUUCAAUCAAUCAAACUGUUUUGGUUUGCAAGACGCGAGUAUCGAUAAUAAACCAUUGUGGCCAAUGGUAUACUAUUGUCUGCGUUGUGGCGAUAUACAAUCAGCACUACGUUGCAUGCAAAUGGGCGGUGCCGGUCAUGAAGAUUUCAUACAAGUUCUUGAAGAUAAAAUUAAUAAGCCAGAGCAGAAAAUAAACUCAAAAUUGGAAGGUCAACUCAAACUACAUUAUUGCAAUAAGAUUAAGAACUCGACUGAUCCAUACAAAAAAGCGGUUUACUGCAUAAUAGCAGGCUGCGACAUAAAUGAGCAACACUUGGAAGUGGCUAAAACCACUGAUGACUUUCUGUGGAUACAACUUUCUUUGCUACGUCCUGAAAGCCACGACAACACUGAAGUGCUCACAUACUCGGGUCUCCAAACAAUGAUACUAGAAAAGUAUGGCGAGAAACAUUUCAAUGCGAGUGAACAGCGUCAUCUUUACUUCCAAGUGCUCGCUUUGACAGGACAAUUUGAGGCAGCUAUUGAAUUUUUAUCGCGCACAGAGCAAUAUCGUACGCAUGCCCUACAUAUUGCUUUGGCAUUAAACGAAAUGUUUCUUAUUGGCGGGCCUCGUAAUAUACAGGAGCCUUUGUUAUCUGUGGACAUCGAGGACCCAAUACCUAUGCGCCGCUUAAAUAUAGCACGAUUGGUUAUGUUGUAUGUAAAAAAAUUCGAGAUCACUGAUCCAGCUGAAGCUUUACAAUACUACUUUUUCUUGCGGAAUCUCAAAGAUCCCGAAGGACGGAAUUUAUUUUUGGUUUGUGUUAGCGAUUUGGCAAUCGAGUGUCGUAAUUAUGAUUUGAUAUUUGGUAAAAUGCAACCAAAUGGAAUAAUGUCCGGCGGACUUUUCGAACAAUUUGACUGUGUUGAUUUUGAUACACGUACAGCUGCUGGCAUGGCUGCCGAAGAGCUCGUCAAUAAGGGCAUGUUUGAGGAUGCCAUCAAGCUGUUCGAUAUCGCUUCGAUGCAAAAUCAAGCAUUACGCUACCUUGCCAUACUGCUGUCCCAAGUUGUGCAUCAAAGUUCGAGAAAGGACUCACUGCGUGAACGUCUCACAAUUACGGCUGCAGAUUUCAGGGAGCGCAUGCGCGGCAAUCGCAUUGAGUGUGAUCCGCAAAUCAUUUCAACCUUUAAUCUGCUAUGCGAACUAGUUGCAUUCUUCGAUUAUUAUCACGAACAAAAGUAUCAACUGGCAUUGGAAGUACUCGCAAACACCAAACUAGUGCCGUUGUCAAUGAACGAAUUGGAAGAAUGCAUAAAUAAUUUUAAGCGUUUAGGUGGUGAGAUUUGUAAAGUGUAUCCGGAUAUAUUAUUGGCGUCCAUGGAUAUAUUAUAUGCGCAAUACAAGAGCGUGAAAGGACGUGAUACUGGCAUUGUAGAUACUGGUCGCGAUCGCCAAUUGCAGCAUUUACGCGAGAAGGCGAAAGCCAUCACCAAUAUGGCCGCUACGGUACCAUAUCGCAUGCCAGGAGAUACAAAUAAGCGUCUGGUACAAACGGAAAUAUUAAUGCAUUGA